UUUCAACAGAAUUCUGCCUGUUUUGUGAGUUGUCGGGUCUCCGUUUUCAUCCGAAAAUCAUCGGUUAAUUUGGCUUUGUUUUGAGAUUAGAAUACUUGUAUAGAAGAAGUGAGACUUGGAAAUAGUAAAUCUUUAGUUUUGGAACUCAUCGGAUCGUCACAAAAUGGUGAAAACAAACGGGAAAGGGCCGCAGGAAAAACACAUUCAAGUGUUUGUCCGGUGCAGGCCAAUCAAUGAAAGUGAGAAGAAGAGAGGAUCCCAUAAAGUGGUGGAGGUCAACAAAAACAAGAAAGAUGUCCAUGUUAACGUUGAGGUGGCUGAGAAGUCAUCCACUAAAACUUUCUCUUUUGAUAAGGCAUUUGGCCCCAAAGCCAAGCAGAUUGAAGUGUAUAAGAGUGUUGUCCUUCCUACCCUGGAUGAAGUACUCAUGGGUUACAACUGUACAGUAUUUGCAUAUGGUCAGACAGGAACUGGCAAAACUUUCACAAUGGAAGGAGACAGGACACCAGACCCAGCAAUGUCUUGGGAAGAGGACCCACUGGCCGGUAUCAUCCCUCGCGCCAUGCAUCAGAUCUUUGAGAAGCUCCAAUCCCAAGAGGUGGAGUUCUCUGUCCGAGUCUCCUUCUUAGAGUUGUACAACGAGGAGCUGUUUGAUUUGCUCUCGGCUCAGGAGGACACCCAGAGACUCCGCAUCUUUGAGGACGCUGCUCGCAAGGGCUCCGUUGUUAUCCAGGGUCUAGAGGAGGUUGUUGUACGCAAUAAGAGCGAGGUCUACGCCAUCUUAGAGAAGGGCGCCGCCAAGAGACAGACUGCCGCAACUCUCAUGAAUGCCCACUCCAGUCGAUCCCACUCCGUUUUCACUGUCACCAUCCACAUUAAGGAGAACUCCGUAGACGGUGAGGAACUGGUCAAGACCGGUAAACUCAACCUGGUUGACUUGGCUGGCAGCGAGAACAUCGGUCGCUCUGGGGCUGUGGACAAAAGGGCCAGAGAAGCAGGUAAUAUUAACCAGAGUUUGUUGACCCUUGGCCGUGUGAUCACUGCACUCGUAGAACACGCUCCACAUAUCCCAUACAGAGAGAGCAAGUUGACCCGCCUUCUUCAAGACUCUCUCGGUGGACGCACCAAGACGUCUAUCAUUGCGACCAUUUCUCCCUCCGUCUGUAACGUAGAGGAGACUUUGAGUACCUUGGACUACGCUCACCGCGCUAAGAACAUCACCAACCGACCCGAGAUCAACCAGAAACUCACCAAGAGAGCCCUCAUCAAGGAAUACACAGAGGAGAUAGAGCGUCUUAGGCGUGACUUACUAGCAAACCGAGAUAAGAACGGAAUCUACCUUGCAGAAGAACACUACAGGUCUAUGGAAGAAUCUAUUGCAAGCCAGCGUCUCAGCAUCCAGGAGAAGGAAGAGAAAAUUGCUGCUUUGUUAGAUGAGAUUGUCAAGAUCAAUGAGAUUUUGACCGAAACUAAAGAUGAUCUUGAGGAAACAAGUAAUGAGUUAGAAUCAACAACCAAAACGUUGGUUCGUACAACCCACACCCUGCACAAGACAGAAACGGAUCUCCGUGUGACAACCAAAGACCGCAACCAACAGAAGUAUCUGGUGGAGGAACAUGUCAAAGUGGAAGACAAAUUGGCCUACGAAGCUAAAAAGCUUUUGACAGUGGCAGAGGACAGCACAACCGAUCUUAAAGGUGUCCACGCUAAACUAGAUCGUAAGCGAGCUGUAGAGUCACACAACGCGACGGUACAAGAGACGUUUGAGGCCAAUUUGGAUGACCAACUGAAGACGGUGCAAGACUCCCUGGGCUACUUUGGUGAUGUCCUGCAACAUCGCCAAUCUGCUGCUCAGGAUAACUUCAAGGAACUGGUGUCCGUGCAAUCGACUGAGGUUGACAGUAUGCAAUGUCAGGUUACCAGCAUGAUUGACAACCUGGAGGGUCAGGUGGUUGCCAUGACAACUGGCAGUCAACAGUCAUGUGACAGCUGGAAAGAGUGGAGCGAGAGAACUUGCGGAAAGAUGGUGGAUUUUAAGGACAAUCACAAAACCGAAGCAGAGAGUUUCCUCACGGCGUCACACCUACCACUAUUGAAGAAACACCAGAAGAUGCUUGAGGAACACUCGGAGAGAGUGACUGAAUGGAAUAAGCUCGUUCAAACACAGAUUGCCUCUCAGAUGACCGCUGUGGAGACCUUCGUCCAGAGUUACUACGACCAGCUCGACUCUCUGUCCUCCCUCGUGGGAGCCUACAUCAACAACCAGAAAAAGGUCAAUCAAGGUCACCAAGAGAGGGCAGCAAACAUGCUUGCCGCACAACGACAGGCGUCUCAGAAAAUGAAGGCCGACUUGCUUGCCAAGGUGUCUGGUGCCAUGCAAGAGCUUUUGGAUGAACAACAUGAACAAAAUACCGCAGAUGUAAAGGAGAUGACAGAGAGCUACCUUGGUCUGGUGGAGGGAGCUGAUACAGCCAAUGAUGAAGUCAAAGGGUGUUUGACAGAAUUCAGAGAAAUGUCCGAGACAUUUGCAAGUCAGUACGUUGAGGGUUCUGAGUCACUGGAAGCAUUGACAAAUGAACACACGACUAAGAGUCAAACCUACAUCACAGAGACAGAGCAGAGUCGGGUUCAGAUCCAGUCUUCAAUCCAGCAGCAUCUCGAGGAGGACAUCUCAAGGCAAGCGUCUCAAACCACCAAGAUGACUGAGUCUGUUUCAUCACACAUGACACAGCUCGCUCAGCAUGUCGCUGACUCAAAUCAGAAGGCAGAGACGAUUCUCAGCACAGUCCGACAAAGUUCGCAGGAUCAUCAACAAGAUCUGACCGCUCAACACACCAGAUUGACCAGUACACUCGACGAGUGGACCCAGCAAUCGGUCAAGGAAUCAAAGGACAUCGGAGACAGCGUGUGUGAUCUCAGGAUAAAGUUCACCGAUGUCGAAGGUUUGGCUGAGACCUUCUUGAAAGAAGACCUCAGGCUGGACAUCCCCACGGGUGUCACUCCAAAGGUUCGUCGGUUUAGCUACCCUCGUAUGCUGACCCGAACUGAUCCCCAUCACGUCCUCCUCAAGAACCAAGGACUCGACAAGACGAUAAAUGAAGCGGUUAAUGUGCCACUACCAGACACUUUCAUUGAAGAGAUUGAGCAAGAAGACACCAAGAGUGUUACCACGGAAACCAUGUCAGUAAGCGACGAGAAGACAUCAGAUGACAAUGUCUCAGACAGCUCCGUUGGAUCUUUAGUCAUUGAGGAUAGUAAAGAGAAUUUCCCCAAACCCUUGAAGCAGAAAACCAAGACGGUCAAGACCAAGACUAUAAAGAAGAAAAUACCAAGGGAUAACAGCGCCACUCGAACACCCACAUCUCGUCUGCCCCUCAGGUCCCAUAACACCCCUCACUGAUAAAUGGUAUGAUCAUUUAUAGAAUACUGUAAUAAAGUUUUGGGGUGUUUUUGUUUGCAGAAAGGGUUUUUAGAUGGUGAGUUUAACUGAAACAAAAGUGGCCCUAAAGGUUAGUCUACUUUUAAACGCUCUGUUGUAAUGAGAUGGGGGGGAGACAUUUUUGCGAGAGUUUGUGUCACUCUGUAAAUAAUCUCUUUGGUCAUGUCAUUAUCUAUCGAAUAGGCCUUACAGGAAAUUAAAAAAAAUCUGUCUUUUUUUACUGAGCUUCUAACGAAGUGAGAUGAUAUAAAACCAACUUAGAUGUGAAUUCAAGUAGUCAAACAUUUCAUCCUGUGAUAAUAAUAAGCGAAAAAUGUUAAAUGAUUUAUAACAUCAAAAAUGUGAUGGGAUCUCUUUUAUAAUCAUGAGUUAUGUUUCAUCAGCUGUAAAUAUUAGCAGUUUAUUAUUAUUAUUAUUAUUAUUAUUAUUAUUAUUAUUAUUAUUAUUAUUUUUUGGUGGGGGUGGGAUGGAAGAAAGCUAACUGCUUCAUGAAUACUAUGUCUUUUUAAUGAGCUAUAUUGAAAUGUAAAUAAAGUUAAAAUUAGGGAGGUAAAAAAA